UCGUGUGCUAGCAGCGGUGUCCGUUUAAAAAACAAACAAAUCAAAAACAGAAAACAAGCAUUAUCCUUCUUCUCACGAGACCGGUUCCUCUGCUGUAGAAGAAGCCCUCUUCACGCCGAGACAUGCAACCAGCUACUGCUAAGUGGUACGACAGGAGGGACUCUGUUUUUAUAGAGUUCUGUGUGGCUGACAGCAAAGAUGUUAAAGUUAACUUUGAUAAAACAAAGUGCGGAUUCAGCUGUACUGGAGGCACUGAUAACGUUAAACACGAGAACCAAAUAGAUCUUUUUGAAGCUAUCGAUGAAAAUGAAUGCAAACACAAACGCACAGAUCGUUCAGUCUUGUGCUAUCUACGAAAAGCGCAGCCGGGAAAGGCGUGGCCGAGGCUAACGAAAGAGAAGGCUAAGUUGAGUUGGCUCAGCGUCGACUUCAACAACUGGAAAGACUGGGAGGACGACUCUGACGAGGAGAUGGGCAACUUUGAUCAAUUCUCAGACAUGAUGAACAACAUGGGAGGAGAUGAUGACCUGCCUGAUCUAGAUGGUGCAGAUGAUGAUGAAUCCGCAGAUAGCGACGAUGAGAAAAUGCCCGACCUGGAGUAGACGGCAUUAAAACGCUAUUAAAGAAGAUGGAAGACCGGGGGAUGGGGGAAAUCUUAACAAAUGUAUAUCUUGAAAGAGAACGCAGUGACAACUGUACAUAUGAGUCAGUAGCCAUAUUUAAAUCCAUAGCCGCAGCUCCAAACUCUUUGACCAGUCAGUCCUCCUAUGGUUGAUUUGCAUGGUAUUGUACAGAGCAGCUAUCUCCACGUCCAUUUGCUGUACUGCACCUUUUUUUGGGGGGGGGGGUAUCUCGUUUUAAUGUUAAAUAUUACAACUAAGCACACAAUUUAUUUGUUAGGGGGGGUUAAAAAAAACGUGUAGUUGUACCUAAAUGAGCAAUACAUGCUAAGAGAGUCGCAGUUUGCUUUCAAACGAAUUGUUUCGAAAAUGAUCGGACCCACAUUCUGCCGCUGUUGUGGUUUUUAAGGUAGUUGAGCAGUGUAGUGUACCUCCAUGAUUUAAGAAUCGGAUGCGUUGACUGAUUGGGUCCUCUAAAGCCUUCCAUGUGCUGUAAUUUAGAUAUCCAGGAAGCCAGUACCUGUAUCUGUAGCCUAACCUUGCAGCUUACAUGUUUUUUUUUGUUUUUUUCCCCCCCCCACUUCUUGUUAAAUGUUUGUAAAACUGAAUCAAUCUGAACUUGUUGCAGGGUUACUUGCAUUUCUCCAGCUCCCACCUACUGCAUCAACAGGUUGAAUUCCAUUAAUUGGGUGAAUUUCAAAGCUCCUCUCCAUUGCCGAACACGCAGAUAUUUCUGAGCAGAGGCAAAUGAAAGUGUUUUGCAGAGGGUUGGAGUUUGGUUGCGCUUCAGAGUUGUGUGGUUAGUUGCUCUCCUACAGUUUGGUUUUUUUAACCCAUACUCCCUCAUGGUUUUUGGAGAUUGUUGGAACUAAAACAAACAAACAAAAAAAAAAACAUGUAAUGACCAAAUCAUAUUUGCACUGUUGAAAAUGUUAGGGGAGGCAAGUACUAUUCAACUACAGUGAAAAUGUUUUUGUUUUUUACUGUCUACAUCUUUCUAAUAAACAGUUUAAGAAUCAA